AUGUUGACAGGAAUCGCCCACGUGAACCUGACGGUUCCUUCGAACACUCUCGAUGAGGCAGAAGCAUUCUACAGCAACACUCUUGGUAUGCAACGCGUACCAGUCCCCGUACUGCAGAAGGAUAGACUUGCAUGGUUCGACAUCACACCCAACGGGCAACAAGUUCACAUCGCCUUUGGCCCCCAAAACGAAGAGUCAUCCCGCCAUCCGUGUUUUCGUGUAGAGUCGCAAGAAGCAUUGUUGAAGCUUCAAAAUCGCGUCUUUGAGCACUACCAAGCUGGCGGUCCAGGAGCUCCAAAAGCGGCUGAUCAACCUGGAGCGGCCAACUCAGGCUCAAAAGGUGUAGAAUACCCCAGCCGCUUUUUCGCAAGAGAUUAUGCUGGAAACCGUCUCGAAUUCAGCUUGUAA